GAAGAAAAGGAAGGAUGAGGGGGAGGCGGUCGAGGCAGUGGCAAAGUCAAAAAUUCCAGCCUAAGGAAGAGGAGGUGGAGGAAGGAGACACACAGGCCAGGUGAAGAGGGCCGAGCGCGCGUGAGGAGCCAUAACAGACUGCAGGUGAUGCGGAGCGCGGUUCAGGAGACCCUCAGACGCCUGCAAGACAAGGGGCUCCGGUCCCAGCGUCAAGGCCUGGGUCCUGCUUCCCCUCCAGAUCCUAGCCCAGUUGUAGCCCCCACUGUGGCCGAAGGAGGGCUGCCCUCCCCAGGGGCUGGUGCCUACUUAAGCCGGAAAGCGCGACUCUCCUUCCGCCACCAGCUGCAUGACGUGGCAUCGGCCAAUGACUCGACCAUUUGAAGGGGACAACCAGGAGCUGAACCUUCAAGAAGACUCAGCAACCUUCUGUCACCACGUUUCCCAAUGGUCCUAUCAUGACUUUGAAAAUUAAAUUUGUGCAGGGUUA